AUCCGAAGGACAAAGAAGAAUUUGAUGCCAUAAUUGCUCGAAUUAAACAAGAGGAUUUUUUGAUUGUAGCAGAGGAUUUAAAAGAAUCAAAAGAUGUGUAUACUUUCAAAGGUUAUGAAGAAAUGAAUCCUAUGAUAGCGGAAGUAUGUGAACAGAACGCAGAUUUACGUGAAACUUUGUUUAACUUGAUUGUACAAAUAUAUCUAGAAAACUAUUCAGAAAUUUGUACAAAUCCAACUGAUGAAUGCCAGCGCUGGUCAGAACGAUCGAAAGAGUGUAUGGAUUUCUUGGAUAGACUUCAUGAUCAAGAAAAAUGCUGAAAUCAAAUGAAACAGCUGUUGACCUAUAAACCAUAUCAGUUUUCAAACAUUUAAUAAAAAUUUGCAUAGAUUA